ACACUCUUUUGCUCUGUAUAUUUCAAUAAGUGUUUGCAGAAUUUUUCUUCUAAGUUUCGUUUUGAUAUUUGAUCACCACCAUGGCGAUGGUGGUGUUGGCAACUCUGUUGGUUGUAUUUAUUUCUUUAUUGUUUAGAGUUGCAUACGAUACAAUCUCAUGUUACUGGUUAACGCCGAGACGCAUCAAGAAAGUCAUGGAAAAGCAAGGCGUGCGUGGCCCGAAACCCCGCCCUUUAACCGGAAAUAUAAUGGAAAUGACAUCCUUGGUCUCCAAAUCCACCGCCAAAGACAUGAAUCAUAUCGACCAUGACAUCGUCGGCCGUCUCUUGCCGCAUUACGUUACUUGGUCUCAACAAUACGGGAAAAGAUUCAUAUUUUGGAAUGGAAUCGAGCCAAGGAUGUGUCUAUCAGAAACCGAGUUGAUCAAAGAACUUCUGUCGAAGUACAGCAUGAAAGCCGGAAAAUCAUGGCUGCAACAACAAGGAUCAAAACAUUUUAUUGGGCGAGGUUUGUUAAUGGCGAACGGCGAUGAUUGGCACCAUCAACGCCAUAUUGUUGCGCCUGCAUUCAUGGGAGAUAGACUCAAGAGCUAUGCCGGGCACAUGGUGGAAUGCACUGACCAGAUGCUCCAAUCACUGCAAAAUGCAGUCGAAUCAGGCCAAACCGAGUUCGAAAUUGGAGAGUACAUGACGAAACUCACAGCUGACAUAAUUUCAAGAACCGAAUUCGACAGCAGUUAUGAGAAAGGAAAACAAAUAUUCCAUCUUCUAACAGGUCUUCAACACCUGUGUUCUCAAGCUAGCCGUCACCUAUGCUUUCCAGGAAGCAGGUUUUUUCCGAGUGAGUACAACAGGGAAAUAAAGUCUAAGAAGAUGGAGGUGGAGAGGCUUCUAAUGGAGAUAAUUCAGAGCCGAAAAGAUUGUGUAGAAAUCGGUAGGAGUAGUUCUUAUGGAAAUGAUCUGUUGGGUAUGUUGCUUAAUGAGAUGCAAAACAAGAGAUCGGGAAAUGGAUUUUCUUUGAACCUGCAAUUGAUUAUGGAUGAAUGCAAAACUUUCUUCUUUGCGGGACAUGAAACAACUGCUCUUUUACUCACAUGGACUGUUAUGUUACUCGCCAGUAACCCUUCCUGGCAAGAAAAAAUUCGUGCAGAAGUUAAACAAGUCUGUAAUGGAGAAACUCCCUGUGUCGAUCACCUCCCCAAACUCACUUUGUUGAACAUGGUAAUUAACGAGUCACUGAGGCUUUAUCCACCAGCAACAGUUUUACCAAGAAUGGCUUUUGAAGAUAUAAAACUUGGAGAUCUCUUGAUCCCGAAGGGUUUAUCGAUAUGGAUUCCGGUGCUAGCAAUUCAUCACAGUGAAGAGUUAUGGGGAAAAGACGCAAAUGAAUUCAAACCAGAGAGGUUUGCUACAAGAACACCAGGCCGCCAUUUCAUUCCUUUUGCAGCAGGCCCGCGAAACUGUGUUGGGCAGUCGUUUGCGAUAAUGGAGGCAAAACUGAUAUUAGCCAUGUUGAUUUCCAAGUUCAGCUUCAACAUUUCUGAUAAUUACCGCCAUGCUCCAGUCAUUGUGUUAACAAUAAAACCUAAGUAUGGAGUUCAAGUAUACUUGAAGCGCAUAGAUGCAUGAGUCCUGAAGAUUAAAUUUAAUUUUGUAGUUCAGAAAAAAAUAAUAAUAAUUU